AUGAUGACGCACUACUACACAUGGCUCUUUGCCGCUGCUACUCUCUUUUCCUGUACUACUGCCGCAAAUGCGACAUUGAGCGAAUGUCUUGAGUCUCGUCAGGUUCCUGUAUAUGCCGCAGGUACCAAGAAUUAUACUCAAGCCGUGAAGCCUUUCAACCUUCGUUUACCCUUCGUACCCGCCUCCUAUGCUGUACCGCAAACCGUCAAGCAAGUCCAGGACGCUGUGUCUUGCGGUGUCGCCAGCAGCGUCAAAGUCACUGCAAAAUGUGGAGGCCACAGCUACGGAGCACAUGGUCUUGGAGGAGAAAAUGGUCAUCUGAUAGUCGAUAUGCGACGCUUCAACAGCGUAACGGUUGAUCAAGAGGCACACACAGCUGUUGUAGGAGCUGGUGGUAGACUGGGAAACAUUGCUCUAGCACUGUACGCCCAAGGCAAGCAAGCUAUCAGUCAUGGUACAUGUCCUGGCGUCGGCGUAGGAGGCCUAACACUUCACGGUGGCUAUGGUCUGUCAUCGCGCCUGCACGGCUUGACCCUCGACCAGCUCGUCUCAGCAACUGUGGUCCUCUCCAACAGCAGUGUAGUAACUGCCUCUCCAUCAUCUAACCCCGACCUCUUCUGGGCCCUACGAGGUGCCGGCGCCGCCUUCGGCAUCGUCACCGAUUUCAAAUUCAAGACCUUCAACGCCCCAGAGAGCAAUCUCAUCUUCUCCUACAGCCUCUCUCCAAGUAACACCUCCCAACUAGCCAAUAUCCUCACCGUCCUCCAGGAUUUCACCAUGCACAGCCAACCCGCCGAGCUCAACAUGCGCAUGUUUCUCCCCAACCAGUUGACGGGUGUAUACUACGGAAAUCGCACGUCUUUCGACGCCAUCAUGAACCCACUGCUCACUAAGCUCAACAUUCCGCUUUCCGGGCGUGGUGCAGGCACGGUGUCAGCAAAAGGAUGGAUCGACACCCUAACAUCCUUCUCCAACGGCCCAUUGCCCCAACCAGAAAUCUACGACUACCACGAGAACUUUUACGCCAAGUCACUCAUGCCCGAGGAACUAUCUCCCGCUGCGAUGACGGCGCUAGCAGACUACUAUUUCACAACCGCACGUAAUAUUCGCAACCGCACCUGGUACUUGCUCAUCGACAUGCACGGCGGAGAAGGGUCAGCCAUCUCCUCGGUACCAGCUGAUUCGACAUCGUACUCGCAUCGCAAAACCGUGUUUAAGAUGCAAUUCAACGACCGCAUCUGGCCGGAUAGCGCGACGUACAAGCCGGAGAUGAUGGACUUUUUGAAUGGCUGGGUCGAGGCGAUCGAGAAGGCUAGUGAAGGGGAGAAGUUUGGCAUGUACAUCAACUACGCUGAUACAAAUCUCACAAACACCGAGGCGCAUUCACGGUACUGGGGGGAGCAUUAUGAGAGGCUGACGGGGAUCAAGGGAGCUUAUGAUCCGAACAAGGUAUUUGAGGGACCGCAAUUGGUCGGAAGUUAG